AUGCGAGCCCUUCACCUUCCUGGCGUUCCACACGGACAAGAGUUCUCCUUUCGCUUUCCAAGCAACCCGCCCACUCCGUCAAACUUGGAAUACACAGCGGCAGACUACCCUGAACCUCGUACCCACACAACUGAUUUCUCCGCAUCAUCGCAACAUGUCUACUUGAUACGUGUCCUGCUUACUGCCUUAACUCGAGGCGAACUAACCUGGCAAGAGAUCCUCGAGCCGGCGCGCUUCCAACAAUACGGUGGUGCGGUCCCAGGCCACGAUGUCGUAGGCGUCGUGGACAAUGUUUUCACUUCUCCCAAGUCAGGAUCAGAACCAAAAUUCUCACCCGGAGACAAGGUUUGGGCUCUUCUCGACUUCGAUCGUGAUGGCGCAGCGGCCACAUAUACACUUGUAUAUGAAAAGGAGCUAAGCCUUGCGCCGAGUAACCCAAACAGCUCCACUAUGGCGGAUAAGAAAUGGGAGGAACAACUUGCAACGCUCCCGCUCUCAGCCUUGACAGCUUACCAAGCACUUUUUAAGCACGGCAGGCUACCUCUCUCAUCACCAGAACCAUUGCCGCCGCCAGCUGCCUUGCGCAAAAGAGUCCUCAUUCUGGGCUCCGCAGGCUCCGUCGGCCUCCCGACGCUCCAACUCGCCAAAGCAUCUGGGUUUCCCGUAAUCGCAACAUGCAGCUCUGCGUCUGCACCUCUGAUAAUGUCUCUUGUUGACAAACCCACAGACACUGUCGUCGACUACACCUCUGAAGCAUAUACCUCCCUCCCAGCCACCUUCGUCUCACAAUCUCUCCCACCAGUGGACCUAGUAGUCGAUUGCAUUGGAGGGGACACACUCUCUACGCUCCUCCUCACCAGCACACCAGCACUCAAUACCAUCAUAAACCCUGGUGGACGUGUGGUUACAAUUGUGGCCCCGAUCAAGACCUAUGGGCCCGAAACAGCCAAGGCGAUCCAAGGUAACUGCUCCAGGGCUGGUGUCGACGUUGACUUCUUCGUCGUAAGACCCUCGGGAGAGGAGCUGGAUGUUCUUGCGCAGUGGGUAACAGCAGGGAAACUAAAGGGAUACGUCCAGGAGGGUUUCGACUUGGAUCACGGAAGAGCUGCCAUGGAGCUUGUCGAGGCCAGGGGACGAAGAGGCGGGGGAAAGGUAGUCUUGAGAGUGACAACGCAGUAA